GUUGCCAUAGCUGCGAGUCGGGGGUGAGCUGAGUCGGUUGCUCCGCCGCGUUAGGUCAGUUGCACCUUCGGGGUCGCUGGUAGCCGCGGGAGCCGGGUGGGGCCUCGGCGAUGAUCCGGCGUUAAGAACCUGGAGACACCUUGCAUCUAAGGUGUUUUGGGGGAGUGUAGAGGCAACCAAAAAGAUCAUCUGCUUGACUAGACCUUUUGCCCUGAACCCCAUGAAGAAAUGAUAAGAGGCAGGCAUCCGUGCCUAAGGAGAGCGCUGAGCUCAAAGGACAGCAACACAGAGUUCUGGGAGUGUACUGUGAGUUCCACCAGAUGCAGGAGUCUGAACAGCUCUCAUUGAUCAAAGUUAUUGAAAUUAAUAGCAGAACAUUUCGAGCACACCUGUGAAACUCAUGCUGAAAAGUGAUCGUAUCUUAUUGAAAGUAUGUAAUCCUAGCCGUGGAUUUGUAUACAUCAAUGGCAGAAUCACCUAGCAAUUCAGACCACCUCCUCUAUAAUGACCCGUUGAGUCGAUUGGCAACCAGGUCAGUUCACAGGAGAGCUGGAAGUCAUUCUACAAUAGAUGUCACUGCAAAGGUCAACACUAUAACCAGUACUUUAAAGGACACCAGUCGGAACCUGCAGCAAGUGGAUCACAUGCUUGGGCAAUACCGAGACUAUAGCAUCAGACAGUCAGGUGCCAUUGAGCAGUUAAAGGAAAAUUUGGAGCAGUCCAUAAGCCAACUGAGGAGUCAGCGCUUACGGAGAAACUCAGGAGGGAGAAGUGUUUCUGUCAUCAGCCUGAGUGCAAGCGACCUUGAUAGUGGUACUGUGACAGAGAGUCUCCGCUUUACACCUACUUCACCUCUGAAGGACUAUGAUCCACAGGGUCUUAAACGAAACAGAUCCAGAACUGGUAUUCGGUUUGUUCAGGAGAAAGACAACACCGUCCAGCUCCAUGCUUUUCACCAGUCCCUCCGAGACCUCAGCAGUGAACAAGCUCGGCUUGGAGAUGAUUUCAACAGGGAGUUUUCCAGAAGAAACCGGUCAGAUGCUGAAACAAAAAGGGUUUUGGAAGACUUGGCUGAAAAGCUUAAUGAAACCCAGAAACAAGAUGUGGUUUCAGAUCGAGUGGAGCAGCGGCUUCAGGAAAUAGAAAGAGAGAUGCGCAUAGAAAGAGAGCUGGUGGAAAGACGCCAUGACCAGCUGGGACUUGUGUCCUUGAAGCUUCAGGAGGCGCUAAAGAAACAGGAAACUAAAUCAGACGAGAAUGAGAAUGUGCUGAAAAUCAGGCUUCGACAAACUGAAACUGAGAAGAGCCAACUGGAAAAGGAAUUGGAGCUCUCGCGGAAGCUGCUGACUCAGUCUGAAGGCACCAGAGAAACACUUUUGCAUCAGGUGGAAGAACUGCGCACACAGCUUAUCAAAGCAGAAGGUGACCGAAAGAGCUUACAGUGUCAAGCAUCUUACGUUUGUAAGCAACAGUCAAGUCACCAGGAUAUUCAAGGAGAAGAUGACUGGAGGUUUAGAAGAGGAGUAGAGCGGGAAAAGAAGAAUCUGGAGAAUCAGAUGGCCGAGCUGCGAGUACAGCUGAACUUCAACGCCAUGGCUUCCGAGUUGGAGGAAAUGAAGCGGUGCCUGGAACGGAAGGACCAGGAGAAAGCAACUUUGGCAGCACAAGUAGAGAAUCUGACAUAUGAAUUGGAGUGCAAGGAAAAACAACAGCUGCAGAUGCUGGAUAAACUUAAGGAGAUCCAGACUCACUUUGACACCUGUGAGGCCAAUCGGAAGUGUGCUGACAUGCAGAUCUCAGAGCUGACCCAGCAUGCGGAGGAUGCCACCAAGCAGGCGGAGCACUACCUCAGUGAGUUUCAGAGGUCAGAAGCCCUGCGAGAAGAGUCAGAGAAGAGGAAAGAAGACCUGAAGACAAAGGCUCAGGACUCCAUCCGCCAGUGGAAGCUGAAGCAUAAGAAGCUGGAACGGGCAUUGGAGAAACAAGCUGAAACCCUUGACCAGCUGACGGAUAAGAACAGUCAGAUGCUAAAAGAGAAGGAUGAAUUGAAAAACCAGCUUUAUGUAGCAUUACAGCAGAUUGAUAAUCUCAGGAAGGAACUGAAUGAGCUCUUAAGCAAGCGUGCCUUGCAGGAGGAGGAGCUUAACUGCAAGGAGAAGCAGCUCAGUGACAUUCUGUGUCACCAAGCUGAACUCGAACUGGAGGUCAAGAAUUCCCUCGACACCAUCCAAAGAUUGGAAAGUGAGUUGAAAAGACAGAGUAAGAUUCAAAGUCAGGUAAAAGCUGAGAAAGAUCACCUGGAGAAAAAGAUCACCGAGCUAAAGGAGAGCCAGUCCCAGGACAAAUCCAAACUUCUGGAGCUGCAGAAGUCUAUCAAGGACUUGAGCGCCAUCCGAGCAGAUCUUGCGAAUCAACUGGCUGAGGAAGAGCGAGCCAAGAAAGCUGUGCUUAGGGACCUUUCUGAGCUGACAGCCCAGGCAAAAUCCAAAGAAGAAGAAACUGCUACCAUUAUCACACAGUUAAAGUUAGAGCGAGACGUUCACCAGAGGGAGCUGGAAGAUCUCACAUCCUCGUUGAAUUGUGUGAAAAUGAAGCAUGAACAGAAUAUCCAGGAGCUGAUGAAGCACUUCAAGAAAGAAAAGAGUGAAGCAGAGAAUCAUAUCCGGACACUGAAGGCUGAAAACUUGGAAGAUAAGAAUAUGGCUAAAGCCCAUCGCUGUCAGCUAGAGUUGUUGAAAGCCAAGUGUGAGAAACUGACAGAGGAAUUAACCCACAAUGAAAAUGAGAACAGAAAACUGAAGCUAAAAUACCAGGAUCUGAAGGAGAAACUAGAAGAAAAGGAGAAACAUAUAAGUAAUGAAGAAGAGCACUUAAGGAGGAUGGAAGAGUCCAGGCUGCAGCUCAAGGAUCAACUUCUUUGUCUGGAGACGGAACAGGAAUCCAUUCUUGCUGUAAUAGGAAAAGAAAUUGAUGCAGCUUGCAAAACUUUCUCCAGAGAGUCAAUGGAGAAAUUGAAAGUAUUUACCUCUGGCCCUGAAAUACACUGUGACCCACAUCGCUGGUUAGCUGAAAGCAAGACCAAACUGCAGUGGCUGUGUGAGGAGCUGAGAGAGAGAGAGAACCGAGAAAAGGCCACGCGGCAGCAGCUGGCACUCUGCAGACAGGAGCUCCGGGACCUGAUGGAGAACAAGGAGUCUGAGCUCAUGUGUCUGUUUGAGCACAUCGAGAGGCAGGAGCAGCUUCUGGAGGAGUUCCACCAGGAGAAGAGAGAAGAAGAGAUGGAAGGACACGGAGAAGAACUUAGCUGAAGGUCAUGUAUCCUGCAAAUGGAUUUCAUGCAUUCUACCCUUACUAAGCUCUCCAGUGACUCUCAGUCCUUUGUCCCUCUGUUUUACUAACCUCCUCUGCCAGCUUCAGUUUUGCAGGGUGUUGUGUGUUCUUGUUCAUUCUGCCUCAUGUAUUUCAAAGUUUGUUUUUUUUUCUGCUUUCUUGGUUUUUGUGAUUUUUAUACAGGCAAAAUUAAAAAAAAAAACCAACUUGUGGCUCAGUUGGUAACAUGUUUGCAGUGCAAGCAUUAGGAACUGAGUCCAUCCCCAUCUUAAAAAUGAAUAAAUUUGGGCGUGGUGGCCCAUAAUUGUCAUGCCAGCCUUUGGGGAGGCAGAGCCAGGAGGAUCCCUGAGGCUUGCUGGCCAACCAGCUUGGCUAGUUGUCAAGCUGAAGGCCAAUCAGUGAGACUGUGUCAACAAAGCAGUACCCCACAGUGUUAAUAGCCCUAAGGAGAGAUACCCAAGGUUGACCUGGCCGAAAAUGUGUGUGUGCAUAGACACACACACACAUAUACCACACAUGGAAGGACACAAACACCCAUGCACACUUACAUCCGAACACGUGCACAUACAAAACAGAAAAAUAAAACCUUCUAAUUUGCUCUGGCAUUCUCCUGUGUAUGUGUAUUGUGUCUAUGGCAAUGGCAUGCCUGUAGGCCUAUAUGUGGAGGCCAGAGAUAGAUACCACGUUUCUCUCAAUCCUUCUCCACUUACUUUUUGAGAAAGGGUCUCUCACUGAACCUGGAACUCAUUGGUUGGAUUCUUCUAGGCCGGCUGAUUACCAAGUCCCAGGUAUCUACCAGCCUGUCCUCUUGAAUGCUAGAGCGACAAACACUGGCUGCUGUGCUCUGCUCUAUAUCUGGGUGCUGGAUAUCUCAUCUUCACAUCUGGCUCCUGCAGGUGCUUUCUUCAUUGCACUGACCAGCACUUGAAAUGAUGGUACUUACACAUUUCAAUUACAUGUCUUUUGCUCGUGGAUAAGACCUGGAAAUAGUUUAAGCACAAGGCAGUUCUUGUUUACUGACUGACUGGCUUGUUUGAGGUAGGAUAUCAAAUACUGAGACAUUAUCAUGUAGGCCAGUUUUCUGAAUAUUAAAUGCA